AGUAGAACUCUCAGACCCAGCUUCAUUGUGCUCAUUCGGCUCUCGCAUAUCCUCUAAACCAGAAAUGAUAAGAGAGGAGAGAGAGAGGGAGAGAGACAGAGCGAGACUGAUUGAGUAAAGCACAUUUGUUUCAAACGUGUUUUUCAUUUGUGUUGGAAUUUCAUUCAGUUCGUACGUCAAAGAAGGUGUCGGUCUGUCGGAGCAAGGAUUCUGUGUUCUGUUUUUUCUCUCGGUAUUCUACGAACUCCCUUGGCGCAUUCCAAUGACCUCGCUCUUGUUUACAUCCCCUGUGUAGGAACUCAAUGUUGUCGGUGGCGAUUAGUGCUAUCGGGCAAUCAUCCUGCAGCUUGGGAGUACAUUGUCUGGACAUCAUUCGGCGCAUUAAUUCCUGUUAGUUACGGGCUGUUGACAGAACAAUCUACACUCUACACAAGCCGCUGCACAACCUGUCCGUUAGGUUUUAAUCGAACAUUAGGAGUAGCUAGGUUUUUGUGUGUCUGUGUUCUUGAUUGGAUUCAACGAAAGCUCUUACUAGCCGCGCCAUAAUUUCAUUCGUGUGUUUUAUGGAUUCAACGUACAACUUUCGUUUAAACUUUUCAACACGUUAUUGAUCUGCACGAGAUGUUGGAAUUAAGUUGGACUUUAUUUACUAAGAAAAUCGAGCGGCUCUGCCGUUGAAGGUGAUAGUGAUCUGCCAACUGCGAUACAGACAAGAGAACUGCAGUUUUCUUUCUUUUAUUUCCUUGCUUGUUUAAACAGCCCGGGCAAGAUAACCGGCUUCUGCUGAGUGGUGGCUGUGCCUGGAAGCCAAGACAAUGGUGGGGCGUUCAGAGAGGCUAGGCAGCUCGGGGCAUGGCAGGGGUUCGGUGCCAGACGAGGAUGUGGAGAUUAUUGAGGUAUCGGAGAAGCACGGGCCGCUUUAUAAUGCCAUCCCCCGCAUGCCCCUCCCCUUGGCUGUGGUGUUGUGCAUCUUCAACAUAGUGAUACCAGGUCUUGGCACAUUCUUCACGUCAUGGGCGUGUCUGUGUGGAUGCAAGACGAAAUUGGGGAGCCCAGCCAAGGCGUUCGGACUUAAUUUAUUGUCAGCCAUCUUACAGAUGCUUUCCUUCGUCCUGAUUGUCGGCUGGGUCUGGUCCAUUAUCUGGGGCAUGAACUUCUUACAGAUAUCAAUUGCUAAAAGGGAUCAGUCGGACCACGAGCCUGUGAAACCUUAUUAUGUCAGAAGACAGAGCAGUGUGGUCGAGUGAGAGCUUUUCCUUACGUUGGAAUGGGAUGGACUUCGCCAUUUUUUUUAAAACCUCUUAUUUUUAAUGGAAUCAAGAGUUGGCAUCAACUUUUGGGCUUGAUACAAAUUUGUAUUUAAUGAGUUGAAAAUGUGUGAGAGAGAGAGAGAGCGAGAGAGAUGUAUAAAAGAACUACAAAUCAAUGAAAAGGAAGAACAGAAUGAGAUGGAGUGUGAAUAACAUGGGAAAGAAAGUGGAGAUUUUAUGUGUCGAAUUCAACACCUGCUUGUCUUCCCUUGUCAAAUGGGAAAUUUAAAAACAAGGAGGCUUCCAACUAGAUCUGAAGAUCACAAAUAAAAACUAAGAAUUCACGGAGAUUCCGAAACAAAUCAUCAGAACUUUCUUUAUGACACAAUGAGUAUUUAUUUAUUUGGUUUAAAACUUGAUCCUAAAUUAAUGUAAUACAAAUACAAUAGCAUACUUUUAGCGAAGUAUUAGCAGUAGGCCUACAAGCAAUAGUGAAAGUUCAAACUGUUUCUACAUUGUUGUCAAUGAUUUCUAUAUUUUCUAAAGUACUCAGCCAGUAUAUCUACUCUUUUUUGUUUUUUUGUAACUAUUCAUUUUGAUUUUAAAAAAUAUUUAACCAUUGCAAACCAGAGACUCUAGAAAAUAAAUUAUGGUAUUGGCUGUAAGAAUACACUCUUGACAAUUCUUGUAUAUUAAUUCUCUUUCUGUUUUUGUUUCCUAUUAUGAUUAUGAACCCUGAACUAUCAAUUUUGUUUCUGUCUUAAAGUUGCAGACAUUUAUUUGUUUGGUGAAGGUGAACUGUGAUUAGUUAAUAAUUGUACAUUCUAUUAUUAUUAUUAUUAUUAUUAUUAUUAUUGCUAUUAUUAUUAUUAUUAUUAUUAAAUGUUUUAAUGUAACGUGUAUGUUUGUUAUAUUCAGCCCUAAACAUUUCUCUCUAUGUUAAUGAUUCUGUAUUUAGGUCAUUUAUUUGCUAUAUAUGUGUGUCAGUGCAGUUUAACUCCCUUCAGACGUUUCACCUUUGAAGAUUUCUAGACAUCCGGGUCAUUAGGGCGCCUCGUAAGUCAACAAUAAAGUUGUUGUAGAUUACAUUUUGACUUCCGGGUCAUUGCUAGCUCUCUAACAAAGCCAUCACGAGCAAUCCAAUAGACUUGAAUAGACGCCAACAUUUAAACCUACUCUUGAAAAUAAAAUGAAAAGGACUUUCAAAGUUUGAAUCAUUUCCAUCUCCGUUAUGUUUGUUCUGUGUUCAUUCUCUGUAGGCCACAAGAUGAACUAUUUGUUCAGCUUUAUCUUCUAUCUCUAGUAUAUCUAGUUAUUCUACUGUAUCUAGGGUCAACUUAAUGUAACGACAGUCACGAACGGCUGAUAAGUUUUUGUAAUAAAUGUUUGUUCUUCUUCAUACUUGGUCCCAAACAUGACAGUUAUAUCAACAAACAAGACACGCUUACCAUUGGAGCUAGUAUAAUGGUUCAGCAGCGUGUAGACUUAUUGUGUGGCAUUAAUGACGAAUCAUCCUGUGGCUGUCGGGUCAUAGCGCUGUGUCCUGUUCAGUUUCUGUUGUGUCGCUUGAUUCUCGACUAGCUUGAGGACAAGAGUUCUGCCCUGUAGUUCUUCAAUGAGUUGCUGGGUCACCCUUGAUGUGUGUGCCGCUCUCCAGCUUUCAGAGGUCACCUGCUGCCAGCUUCUCUUCUCUAUGCCAGUGCGGGUAAAAUGGUGCCUGAGAUGAUCUUCAUAACAAUUACGAGGAGCACAUCUGUUCCUCCUUUAAGAUCGCUAAAGAAGAUCACUUAUUGAAAAAGGCAGCAUAGAAAUGAGUGAAUAAAAAUAGUCGCGAUGACCAUUCACCAGCCUAUACAUUUCAAUGUCUAUGUUUUGUGUAGUACUAGACGAGAUCUUCUGCACUGUUAGAUUAAAUAUUGCCUUCUUUGUAAGUUGAAGUAGCCUAAGGCUAAGCAAUACGCUAUAACCCCAGCAACAGGGAAAACUGUUAUUUUGGUGACAGCAUCAGACUUUGAAAAGGGAAAUAAAUCUGUCUUCAUGCCUUAUGUGUACCCCUAUGUAUAUUUUUUAACGAAUGUGUCAUUAUGGAAGAGUGUCAACGUAGCAAUACAUUUUUGCAUAGUCUAGCAACGUAGCAAUACAUUCUGGCAUAGGCUAGCAACGUAACGCUACAUUCUGGAAUAGGCUAGCAAUGUAGCAAUACAAACCAGAGACAGAGACCAUCAAUGCAGAUUAGCAAUGCCGAGCAGCAAUAUAGAUUAAUAAUACUGGCUAGCAUAACGUAUUAGCAAUACAGGCUAGCAUAACGGAUUAGCAAUACAGGCUAGCAUAACGUAUUAGCAAUACAGGCUAGCAAAACGUAUUAGCAAUACAGGCUAGCAUAACGUAUUAGCAAUACAGGCUAGCAAUACAGGCUAGCAUAACGGAUUAGCAAUACAGGCUUUAGCAAUACAGGCUAGCAAAACGUAUUAGCAAUACAGGCUAGCAAAACGUAUUAGCAAUACAGGCUAGCAAAACGUAUUAGCAAUACAGGCUUUAGCAAUACAGGCUAGCAAAACGUAUUAGCAAUACAGGCUUUAGCAAUACAGGCUAGCAAAACGUAUUAGCACUACAGGCUACGAACACAAUCCACUGAGCUUCCCUCCAAAGGACAUUCACCUUUUUUUUGUUGUUGUUCUCCCCCAAUCCCAUGCUCCUCUCGUGUAUGUGUACCUUAAGACAGCCAUCUUUUUUUCGUUGUUGUCUAUCUCAUUGAAGAACUUGUGUCUUGUUUCUCCAUGGCUUCUUUAGUUUAUCGAUAUGGUCUUUCAGUCCGUCUUGAUGCCUAGAUGAUAAGUCUAUAAUACUUUGUGGCCUUUUUAAAAAGUACUCAUAGACUUAGUGGUCAUCUGUGUCUUCCUAUGAAUCUCUCAAUGUUAGUGGCUUCCUUACAAACUAGAUCUAGGUCUAUGUUGCUUUCUGGCUUCCUGUGAAGUCUAUGCCCUUGGUGGAGAGUAUGUGUUUAAAUAGACCUGAUCUUUAAAAAAGAUCUUUUUAUUGUUCCUUGUAUCCCAUCUUCGAAUUUUUUUGUUGUUGUAUUUUUUUGUUAUAAUGACAAUUGUUUUUUACAUUUAAAAUCAGUGCCAAUAUUAAGUCUGAGACGUAGGCUUCCAGUAAUAAAUCUGGUAUGUAGGCUUCCAGUAAUAAGUCUGGCAUGUAGGCUUCCAAGGCUUCCAGUACUAAGUCUGAGAUAUUGUCAUACAUAUGAUUUGGUUUCCUCUCUAAAUUGUGUGUUCAAUGUAUAUCCAAGACAAAGAUUCAGGUUUGAGAUUCCUGUUUCUUCUUCUCCGUAUUUAGAGUGGUUAUGGAGGCGAUUCCGAUUCUGGAAUCGAUCCAUGUUGCACCUCCAUUAUAAAACUUGAUCCCGCAUAAGAGUUUUCAAUCCAUUGUGCAAGUCUAUUUACAAAUCAACACUUUGUGUUUGGUAAGACAUAGGUCUUACUUUUGGAAGGAAUAUUGAAUGACAAAAAACGAGUUCUAUCGAGUUAAACUUCAAACAAGACAAACACAAAUUCAUUUAUUUAAUUUUCUGAUUGAGUUGUAUGCUUAGUUAAAGUUGUUUACAUUGAGAUGAGUCAUGAAAAAGGCAGUAGCAUAUAUAUCAGAACUAUUCAGUUUAUUUUAUACACAGGCUCACACAUUCACGUUUUUGUAACAAACUUAAACUCUAAAAACUUGAGCUAAACAAUAAAACACUUCCUCACCCAGACCAUUUUACUUUCCCCCCUACAGACAGUGUCACUAGGGUGUGUAUGUACAAUGUCACUAGGGUGUGUUGGAAGAACAGGAAGUUACAGACCAAAAUUUGAACCCCCCCCCCCCACCCUCUCCCGCUUUUUCUUUCUUUGCUAUCAGGUUCUUUCCAGUCCGAGCGCCAUCCAGAGCGUAGACUCACAUAAUGUUGAAUAGACGUGUGUUUGACUUAGACAAUGUGUUGUAGCUAGAGUAUUAUCUUUAGAUGAGUUUAGAUUUCAUUUCUUACAGAUUACUAUUUUUGUUAACACAUUUGUCUCAGUAUUUUCAACUCUCUCCCAUUUUCUAGUGUUGUUAUGACAUCAUCAGUAUUAAGACGAUAUUUUGUUGGUUGGAAAAUGUUUCAUCAUUUAAACCUAGCCGCUUGUUUGACAUUUUGUAUUAUUUAUUAAUUACAAGAGACACAUGGACUACUUUUGGGUAUUUCUGUGGAUUUUUGUGAUAUAGGAUUUUGUUGUUUUUUUUUUGUGCUGUUCACUGAAUGUAAUAAAGUUUUGUAUUGGUUCGUAUGUACUCUUACAUUUGGUCAUCCAUUAAAUGUUUCUGUAUCCACUGGA